AACGCCAGCAACCAUUGUUCAGAGCGUCUCGCUAUGCAUUGGCUCUAUCCAGAUUCCCGAAAAGUCAGCAGUAGGGCUAGGGGCUGUCCAAGUAUUCACCGACGGGAUCAUGGCCUCAUCAGCAAUGAAUUGCACACCUUUUAUGUUGUGUGUUAUUUAUUGUGCGUUACUUUUUGGUAAUAUAUUUUGCAACGCUGAUGUAGAAGAAGAUGAACAUGCCAAGCACACGUAUACGGUGGAUAUGUUCAACGAUGCUGUCCCCACAGCUCCUCACUUUGUCAUGUUCUUCGCCCCAUGGUGUGGUCACUGCCAGAGCCUACAAGGGACAUGGAACGAGAUGGCGGAGAAAUACAACAGCAUGGAGUCGCCGCCCGCCUACGUUGUAAAGGUUGACUGCACUCAGGACGUCAAGUUCUGCUCCAACGUCCAUGGCAUCAGGGGGUACCCCACGUUGAUGCUGUUCAAGCCCGAGCAGGAGGCGAUGAAGUACCAAGGCCCCAGGGACCUGCAGUCUCUGGAGACCUGGAUGCUCAACAAUGUGCAGGAGGAGCCUGUGGAGCCAGAGACUGAGCUGGAGCCUCCCAAAGCUCCAGAGCCAAAGCAGGGCCUGUAUGACCUCACCGCCAGCAACUUCAAGGCCCACAUCUCUAAAGGGUCCCACUUUGUCAAGUUCUUUGCCCCCUGGUGUGGUCACUGCAAGGCCAUGGCCCCCACCUGGGAGCAGCUGGCCACCAGCUUUGAGCACUCAGACAACAUCAAGAUCGGCAAGGUGGACUGUACCCAGCACUACGAGGUGUGCUCUGAGAACGCUGUGCGUGGCUACCCCACCCUGCUCUUCUUCAAGGACGGAGAGAAGGCGGAUCAGUACAGAGGCAAGCGGGACCUGGAAUCUCUGAAGGACUUUGUCAACAACCAGGUUAAGGCUGCGACUAAGGAGGAUGACGUGCACCCAAAUGCUAACGAGAUCCCAGUACCCAGCCCCGAACCUGCCAAAGAGUCUGGCGUUAUUACACUCACAGAGAGCAAUUUUGACGAGACAGUGGCCAAGGGGCUGACGUUCAUCAAGUUCUACGCUCCAUGGUGUGGCCACUGUAAGAAUCUGGCCCCUGCAUGGGAGGACCUGUCCAAGAAGGAGUUCCCUGGCCUGACUGAUGUGAAGAUUGCCAAAGUGGACUGCACAGUGGAAAGGAUGAUCUGCAACAGGUUUUCAGUACGUGGGUACCCCACCCUGCUGCUGUUCAGAGCUGGUGCUCAAGGUGAGGAGCAUCACGGAGGGCGGGACUUGGAGAGCCUGCACAGUUUUGUGAUGAAGCAGGCCCGAGACGAGCUGUAGCAUUGUCCAAACAACAUCCACCAUUACUUCUCUCCUCCACCCAACACAGAAUAUCUGGCCGAUGGGAGGAGUCUUCUCACCCACAACGACCAGCUCUUAUCUCCCAUCGUGUUCCUUUCAGAAAGGAGUAGCAUCAACGCACUGCUUUUUAACCCCCUCUGUAAUGUCUCAUGAGCGAGGCCAGUCUGAUUCUAUAAUAAUCCAGUUUGUGUGAAAUGUGAAUAUAUUUUGUUUGGGCUGCCCAGUCCCCCUGGAGAGCAAUGGCUGACUCUGCAAACCACUUUUUACCAGCGGUACUUAAAUCGGCCAAACCUUAAUGCAUACCGUUAUUGUCAUCCCAACACUUGACAACUCAAGCAGAGUCGUCUUAAAUAGUGCCUGCUGGUUAUAUAAAAAAAACGUUGGAUUAAGCUGACUGAGUUUGUAUAGUUAUAAAAUGUUAAUGCUCAUUUGGUGAUUUAAGAAAAUCAUGUUAACGAACAAUCAUGAGCCGUUGAUGUAAUGUUACUGUUGCACAGGGGUCAAAGCCGCGUGACCUCCAGUGACGUUGACGGUACUUUUUUUCCAUGCCAGUGACGGCCUAACUAACUUAACUCUCAGGGACCCCCAGUUUGAGUUCUUAGCUUAUGCCAUACUGCAAUCUCUUAUUGGCUAUAUUUUUCUGACGAAUUCCCCCAACUGCUUUUUGGCUAUGACAGGAAAGGCUGCAUGAAAGUGUUUCAUGUCAAACUGCCCUUUGUGAGUGAGUGGUCUUCUGUGACAUUGCAAUUGUACUACAAAAAGUCUGAAUGUAAAAGUAUUUUUUUGGUUUUCCAUUUUAGUGCUGUAAGAGGUUCAGUCCCACGAUCCAAUGUCAGGCGCCUCGGGACUGUUUUGGCGUUCUCACUGUUUUAUGAACAAUGAUUGUGAUCGUCUGUUUGGCGCACUCGAGUCAUGCCUUAUGCAUGGAAUGUGCUAUUUUGUCAUGAAAGGAAAACCAUAUGUCAUUAAUCCAUGUUUGAAACAUCCCUCACAAAUGGUUUGAGGGAUUGUGUCCAACAUGGACGACUUAAAAAAAAUUGAACAUUCAGAAUAUUGCAUAGAACAAACGUCUGCUGUAAAUGUAAUAGAUUUUCCAAAGCGGAUGAAUAUUCUGUUGUAUUAAGCCCCAUAUCAGGUCCCAGGGUGUCACUCAAACACCCAGUGAAGCACAACGGUGAUGAGGUCAUUUUACUUUGGGGUUUUUGUUUGGUUUACCUCAGUUGCUUGGGAUGUCAAAAAAACAAAUACCCAAAAUAUAUUAUCCACCCAUAUAUAAUGAUCACUCAUGACUUGUUUAGUCCAUAAAUUACAACGACAAAGUUUAUUUUAUUUUCUCCAUAUAUAGAAUGUCAACCCACAGUGUUAGUGGAUCAGAUUUUUUUUGUGUGUGUGCUAUUCAGGGGCGGUUGAAAUUUAAGUGGUCUGGGAAUGUGUUCGCAUGGAGUUGCUGUGUGAGACAGUUUACAUUCAAUGCUCAAUUAAGGGAAACGAAUGCAUUCAGAGGCUAACCACUUAUUGUCAGUAAAAUCUUUAUGGAUAGUACAUGGUCUAGGCAGACUCCAGUGAAGGAAAGCAGUAUUUUGUUUUUGUGAGUGGGUUGUACACUGCCCAUGAAUUUUGUAAAAAAAAAAAAAAAAAAAAAAAAAAAAAAAAGGCAAGUUGUCACAUGAGAUUUUGUAAUAAAAUGUCUUUUUCCAAAAAUAGUAUUUUUAAUUUGUUUUUCUCUGUAAUAUGGCAUGUGAUUAAGUGGUGCAAUAAAUAAGCUGAAAAUGUA